GACAACCUCAGUCUCUGUUUGGGACUUGUAAGUGUAUUAAAUACUCGCAAAUUGUAUAUUUGUCUCGUAGGUGAGGCUUACGGUGGGAAAGGUCUGGAGAAUCCCUGCUGUUGUCUACAAGACUUCAGAAAGUGUUCUCUAAUGUACUUUACGGCCCAAAUAGUGGAAUAUUUACGAUACUGAGUUGUUUAUAUAGGCUUAAAUAGGGUAUAAUGGCAAAUUUUGUACCUGAAACGUGCCAGCUAUAAGUACCUAAAGAUGGUCACAAGUGCGAUAUAAAAUGCCAAACUUCAACAUAAGAAAUGAUGAUCACUUGAUCAUCUCUCCCAGACAAAGGAGGAACCCUCUAGUAAAGUGUUUUAGAAACAUAACUUUUGUGGAGAGUGAUAUACCUGCAGAUUUCAUGAUAUCUCCGGAAAUAUCUGUCCUCUUCCUCUCUCUAAAAUAUCACAGGCUACAUAGCAACUACAUCAUUGAGAGGAUAAAGUCAAUACGCCAACACAAAAUUCCAAACUUGUUUAUCCUAUGUCAAGUCGAUAUUGCAGAAUUUGCAAACAUCUUGAAUCAGCUAACCGUACACACAUUCACGUAUGGAUACAAGAUACUUUUGAGUUGGAACUGCCAUGAAAGCGCAGCUGUAAUAGAGAUACUAAAAUUAAAUUACUACAAAGGAAUCGAAAUACUGAACAAAAAGGAAACGAAAACGCAUUUUGAAACCGUCUGUGACAUGAUUUCAAGCGUCAGAAGCAUCAACUCCAGUGAUGCAUCUCUCAUUUGCAGAAAGUUUAAAACUCUAAAAGAGAUUGUACACUUGGGAGAAGACGAAAUAUACUCGAUACCAGGUUGCGGAGAAAAAAAGGUAAAAGCCCUAACUGCGGCAUUCAAAAACAGCUUCUACUAGUUUCAUGUACAAAAUUUUCGAGAAAAAUAUGGGAUAAUCGAGAAUGCAUGCAUAAAUUGAUAGCAGUGUCUAUACACUAAAAGGUACAUGUACUGGGACAUAAAUUAACCAAAAGUUACUGAAAAUUUUAUAAUCGCAAGCCCUAAACUUACUGGAAGAGUCACCGCCAGGAGGUUUUCUCACUGGUGUAUGCUGCCUCUUGUGGGUUUCUGGGUAGUUUAUAACAUCAAUCAUACGAGUCUCUUACCUUGGGUCUUAUCUUCUGUGGGAUUCUCAACGUUUGUAGUCUCUGUAAGG